AAAGGCAAAGGGAGGAAUCCGAAAAGAUUGCUACAGUGCAGUCGAACAUUUCGUUGCUACUCGAACGCAUCUCUCGGGCGCUGGAGCUACAGAAGCAGAUGCCGGCUGAGGGUGCAUCCCAUGCGUUGCAUGCGCUAGAGAGCGAGGUGGACGCGCGGCGCAAUCAAAUCGAGAGUGACCAGGUGACGCAUCAGCGCCUUGAAAGGGAGUUGCUGGACCGUAAGAUGGAGCUUGAAAAGGUGGAGAACCUAGACAUCAAAAUCAAUGCCGAGCUACAGGCACAUGCACGCAAGAUGGAAGAACAGUCGCAGGAGAUGAUCCGAUACAGCGACUUGGAUGGACUGCGCCGCAAUGUUGAAAAGCGCCAUGAGGAUCUCGUGCGGGAGCGGGCAUUUUUGGUGAAGCUUCGGGACUCCAGCAAGCAUCAGUUAAACGCCCUUAGCGCGUCCAACGAGGCGCUGCGGAAGCGCCUUAAUGAAGAAGCCGCCUUUCGCUCCGUAUCGACGCUUGAAGGGCGUCUGCGGCACUUGCGACAAUCCAACUUUUCGUUGGAGGAGUUUGUGCGGCUGAAGGGCAAAGAGAGUUAUUAUUUGGGCGCCAAGACGGACUGCCUGCGCCUUGUAGACGAGAUCAACCUGCUGCUGAAAGAUACCGACCGCACCCGCGGCAUCGGAGGAGGCCCCGUCUUGCUUUUGGGUGAACGUUAG